AUGAACAGUUUGACCAUGCUGGGGGUCGACGGGCUCUGCGGACCGCGGCGGGAGCGGGAAGGCUGCUGCGGGAGCGGCGCGGCGCGUGUGGGGCUGGCGGGGAGGCGCGCGGCCGCGGGAGAUGGCGGCGGGGUGGGGAAGGCUCGGGCCGCGGCCCGGGGUCCCGGAGCUCCAGCGCGGCCCGCUCCGCUGAGCAUCUCAUCUGCUUCUUCCCACAGAAAGGGCCUGUCCCAGUCGGCCUUGCCCUACAGGCGCAGUGUGCCCACGUGGCUGAAACUCACUUCUGAUGAUGUAAAGGAACAGAUCUACAAGCUGGCUAAAAAGGGCCUGACUCCGUCCCAGAUUGGUGUGAUCCUGAGGGAUUCCCAUGGUGUUGCCCAGGUUCGCUUUGUUACUGGCAACAAGAUUCUGAGAAUCCUUAAAUCAAAGGGACUGGCCCCAGACCUUCCAGAGGAUCUUUAUCACUUGAUCAAGAAAGCUGUUGCUGUUCGCAAACAUCUUGAGAGAAAUAGAAAGGAUAAAGAUGCCAAGUUCCGCCUGAUUCUGAUUGAGAGCAGGAUCCAUAGGUUGGCUCGCUACUACAAAACUAAGAGAGUGCUGCCACCCAACUGGAAGUAUGAAUCAUCGACAGCUUCUGCCCUGGUCGCAUAAGAUCUGGCUGUGACUUAAUGAAAGAAUAAAUUUUCUUUAUCUGAA